GAAACGAAAACCUUAAUCAUCCAAUCACUCACUCAAACGGAAACCUCAAUCAUCACCAUCAUCAUCCACCCUCGUCCUCCCCGCACGCCUCCGCUCCGAGCACUAUUUGUGCAGAAGCCCUCCAUUUUCUCAUUCCGUAGGCGGCCACGCUUAUGAAAUCAACGCCAUUCGCCACCAACAACGCCGUCUACCACCAUGCCCACAUCAGCACCACCACCGUCAAAUUAUCCCACCCGUUCCGAGGACUUGAUCGGACGGCUAAAUUCCGUCCUCACACCCUACGAGACCAAGCUUAAAACCCUAAGAGAGCUCAAGAACCAGAUCAUUGGUAAUCGGACCAAAAAGCUUGCCUUUUUGAAGCUUGGUGCUGUCCCCUCCGUCGUCUCGAUCCUCUCUUCCGCCGUCGCCGAGAACGGAGGUGGCUCCAAUUUGGAGUUCAAUGAACCUGUUAUAAUUCAGUCGGCCGCAGUAAUAGGGAGCUUUGCAUGUGGGCUUGAUGCAGGAGUUAAGGCCGUUUUGGAUGCCGGGGCAUUUCCUCUUCUGUUUGGUCUAAUCUCUCAUCCGAACGAGAAGGUUGUGGACGCCAGUGCUCGCUCCCUUAAAAUGAUUUAUCAGUCAAAAUUGGCUCCUAAAUAUGAUUUUCUUGUAGAGAAAAAUAUGGAUUUCCUCCUUUCACUAUUGAACAGCAAAAAUGAGAAUGUUACUGGACUUGGUGGAAGUAUCAUCACCCAUUCAUGCCACACAAGUAUAGAGCAGGAGACAUUGAGUGAAGCUGGAGUUAUAAAAAUGCUCAUUAAUCUUCUUCGAGGUUCUUUAAUUCAGAGGGAUGCUAGUUUAGAAUCUCUUGGAGCUAUAAUUAAGGAAAAUCCAGGAGUCAUUUCAAAGUUUAUGGGACCUGAAAAUGGAAGAGCACUGAAUGUUGUGACUGAAUUGAUGAAGGAUAGGUAUCCUCGGACGAGAUUGCUAGCCUGUAUGUGUUUGAUCCAUAUAAGAAACGCUUCUCUGCGUUAUCUUCAAGAUGCAGGAAUAAAGACUAAAUUGAUACUGAUAUUGUUCGAGCUUAUUGAUGAUCCCGGUCAAGUUGGAGAUGAAGCUCCCUUUGCUUUAUCUAGUUUGAUUGCAGAAAAAGAGGAUCUACAGAAAAUAGCAUUUGACUCAAAUAUUGUUGAUAAAUUAUGCAACCACUUAGAGAAAGGGUCAUUUCAAGCCAAACGCCUACAGGGGAUAUUUCUAGCAUUGGCUGACUUAUGCUCAAAGUUGGAAUUCUGCAGGGAUAGAUUCCUGUCUUUAAAGGCAUUCAAUUUUUUAACAAAUGUGCUGACUCAUGAUAGUCCUGAAGUACGUGCUGCAGCUUGCAUUUGCUUGAAAAAUAUUUCACGCUCUGUCAAGAAUUUGAGUGCAGGUCAUUUUAUGAAUGAAACUGUCAUCACUCCCUUGGUUCGGCUUUUACAAGACACCUGUACCUCUGUCCUGAUUGCGGCCUUGGGUGCCAUCAGCAACAUUGUGGUUGAUUUUACUGUUCACAAGUCGAAAUUCAUUCAUUGUGGAGGCGUGAAACAGCUUGUUCAGCUAUCAAAGUCAAUGGAUUCAACCAUUAGGGUCAAUGCUGUGUGGGCUUUAAAGAACCUGAUGUUCCUCGUAAACAGCAUGUGUAAAGAAGAGAUUCUCUUGGAACUAUCACCAUCUAUGUUAAUAAGCCUUAUCUGUGACCCUGAAACAUCUGUUCAAGAGCAAGCUUUGGCUCUUGUUCGCAAUCUCGUUGAUGGUCCCAUGGACUCCGUUGAGUAUGUCUUUGCUGAGGAGGGCCUUCUGCUGAAUGCUAUUGGAAGACAACUGCAAAGCGCUUCAAAAGUUGAAGUCCUGAUUCAAGUAAGAAGUGAUUUCUCAUGUUCAGACUUAGGUCUCUGCUUAAAAAAAAAAACCUACUUUAUGUGUGCCAGGGGACUGCUGUAUUUAAAAGUUGGUUAACAGCCUGUAGUGCAG